AACCCUUUUUUGUUUUUCAGACCUGAUUGCACACUGAGUUUGCAGGCUGAACUUUGAUCAAAACUGUUAGACCUGAAAUGGAGUCGAGUCCAUGCAGAAUGAAUCUCUUUCUCUUCAUCUCAUUGCUAUGUAUCCAAGACUGCUUUGGGGUUCCAGCAGCAUCAGUGUUCCUGAAUAGGUCUGAAGCUAACCAGAUGCUUCUGCAUCGGUAUCGACGUGCCAACUCAUUCCUGGAGGAGCUGAAAUUAGGAAAUCUGGAGAGGGAGUGUGUAGAAGAGAAAUGCUCAUACGAAGAGGCCAAGGAGAUCUUUUCUGGGCCUGAACAAUUGGAUGAGUUCUGGAAGAAGUACACAGAGGUGGACCAAUGUCAAACUGGCCCAUGUGCAAACGGGGCCACUUGUGUCAGUCAGGACAACACUUAUAUCUGUAUAUGUCCACCUAGAUUCCAGGGACGGAAUUGCGACAAAGAAACACUUCCGCAGACUUUUUAUGGCUGUCUCUAUAAGAACGGAGGAUGUGAGCACUUCUGCACAGAGGCUGCAGAUUCGGUCCAUCAAUGUCACUGUGCUACUGACUACAGCUUAGCGGCUGACAACAGAAGCUGUGUGUCACAAGUACCUUUUCCUUGUGGUAAACCAGUGGUGACAACUGUAGGCCCUAGGAUUGUUAAAGGACAAUUGUGCCCUAAAGGACAGUGUCCUUGGCAGGCAUUACUUAAGCUUGAGAAUGUGUAUAAAUGUGGAGGAGUUAUUCUAAACUAUGAGUGGAUUCUCACGGCAGCUCACUGUGUCUGGCAAUACAACCCCUCCCAACUACUAGUGACAGUAGGUGAACACAUAAUUAAUGUGAACGAGGGCACAGAGCAAACUAGAAGAGUGUCCAAAAUAUUAAUCCAUCCUCUCUACAACCACACAUCCAAUGAUGCUGACAUAGCACUUCUACAUCUGCACAAGAACAUAUCGCUAGGCCCCUACGUGGUGCCCAUCUGCCUUCCUCCAGCACAAGGCACAUUUUCUCGCGUGCUAGGGGCAGUGCGCACCUCCGUCGUGAGCGGAUGGGGACGGCUUUCUCAGCAAGGACCUCUGUCCUCCAUUCUUCAGCGGCUAGAAGUGCCCCGGGUGCCACUCGAGAGGUGCCGAGCCCACUCAGGUCUGAGCCUGACCAACAAUAUGCUGUGUGCUGGCUUUAAGGAAGGAGGACGUGACGCCUGUCAAGGGGACAGCGGUGGGCCACUGGUCACCCACUACAACAACACAUGGUUUUUGACCGGCAUAGUGAGCUGGGGAAAAGGUUGUGCCCGCUCAGACAUGUAUGGUGUCUACACCCGUGUAGCAGUCUUUGUAGAGUGGAUUAUGAACACAAUGGCUGCAGAAUAAAUUAAGGAAGACCAAAGAGCAACAUCUUAAAAUGUAGUAUCAGAUGAUUUGGUGUUGUAUAGAUCAAUACAGACUGUACUGAUAUUUAGCUUCACUAUAAAGCACUGUAUUUCCCUAUGUAUAUGAUGAACAAUGAAUUACUAUACCAUUCAGUUUGUACAACCACUAAUAAAAUGAAUGUUGCUAUGUUGCUA